GCGCGGAGGCGCGUCAAUAACCGCUGAACUUCUAUACUGCUGACUCAAAACUUGGAACAAGCAAACUUCGUCCGAACUUCGCCCGAACGGCACUGGCCUUUGGCCAAAUGAGCAUGGAAGUUUACCUCGUGAUUGUCGUUCUGUUUGUGGGUAACGUUGCCUUAUUGGAAGCAAAAACACCACUUGUUAUUGUUCCUGGAGAUGGAGGUAGUCAACUUCAGGCUCGCAUCAACAAAUCAUCAGUGCCACACUUCUGGUGCGAGAAAACCUCAAGCUCCUGGUUUGACCUGUGGCUGAGUGUAGAGUCACUGUUGCCAAAAGCUAUAGAUUGUUGGGCUGACAAUAUCAAACUUGUUUACAAUCAUUCAUCAGGGAAGAUGGGCAAUUCACCUGGCGUGGAAGUUCAAGUUCCAUAUUUCGGCACAACUAAGGGUGUGUCAUAUUUAGAUCCUUCUCUGUACCACCCUGGGGAAUAUUUUGCUGAUAUGGUCUCUGCUCUGGAAAGUAUUGGGCUUAAGGAUGGUGUGUCGAUAAGAGCUGCACCAUUUGACUUUAGAUAUGCCCCAAAUUCAGCUCAAGAAUACUUCAUCAACCUUCAGGCUUUGAUAGAAGAUACCUAUGUCAAAAACAAUAAGACAAGAGUAGUUCUACUGUCUCACAGCCUAGGAUGUCCAUACACACAUUACUUUCUUAGCAAAAUGCCACAGGACUGGAAGGACUUGCACAUCAAAGUUUGGAUCACGGUGGCCGGGGCAUGGGCUGGGGCGGCUAAGCUGAUGCGUAUAUAUGCCUCAGGGACUAAUCUAGGCUUUCCAGAUGUAGUUCUUGAACCACUGAAUCUUCGGCCAGUCCUUAGGACGUAUGAAAGCACUGCUUUUCUGAUGCCCAGUCAACAUUUCUGGUCUGCGGAAGAGGUAAUUGUCCAAACAACUAAUCAGAACUACUCUAGGGGUAACCUUGAGAAGUUCUUCCUGGACAUCCAGUACCCAGACGCCAUUAAUAUAAGCAAACAAGUUCCACCAGUCUGGAUUGAUGAUCCUCCCAAUGUACCCUUGUACUGCCUCUACGGCACUAAUGUGUCUACGCCCGAAAAGUUUGUUUACAGUGCAGAUGAGUUCCCUGAUACAUUUCCCCAGACACUGUUUGGAGAUGGUGACGGCACAGUCAAUAUUCGCAGUCUGCAGGCUUGCCACAGCUUUGUGGGCAAACAAAAACAACCAGUAGUUAUCAAGUCAUUUUCAAAUGCUGAGCACAUGGGAAUCAUUGGAGAUGAGAGGCUGAUCGAAUAUGUGAAAAAUCUUAUUAGUUCAAUGCACUAAAAAUGGACAUUGAUUAAAGGGCUGUUGGGAACAUAAGAAAAAUAUCUAAAAAAGUACAUGUAUGUCUAGGAAAUAUUCUUGUAUUAAUGGAUAACAAUGACUGUGCCCUUUGGGCACACGUGAACAAGCUUUCAGUUCCUAACUUGUUCUUUGAAAUCCUAAUUCUCCUUACCAAUUUGCAUACAUGUACAUUCAUCUAAAUACUAGUUCUGAGAACUUGGCAUUUCAUCAAUUCUUUUUUCUUUAUUACAGUCUGGUUUUGUCUCUGUUGAUACUGACACCUUAUCUUGAUAUAGACACUGUUGAUCCUAAUGGUGGCCACUCAAUGGUGCAUGAUCGACUAGUUGACAUGAAAAAUAUAUUAAGAGCCUAUAAUAUUUGAAAUUACUUCUCAAGUGUGUUCUUGGCUUUCUCUACAUGUACUUUUGUUGUUAGCUUUUGUAUAUUUUGAAAAAGUAGGAUAUCUAGUGUAUAGUAAGCCAGUUACCUGUCGUAGUUUAUUAAAUUAUGACUGUUUAAAAUGACAAUGCAUUCAGCAUCACUAUUCAGAAUGGUUUUAAUGUAAAUUAAACUUUUUUUCUGUUUUUACUGAUAACUGACCAUCACGAUAGUAGUGUUAAUUAAAAAGACGGUAAACUGAAAAUGGAA